ACAAACGGGGAUAAUAUGUCUCUAUUCAUUUUCUUUGAACGGUUAGUACGCCCAUACUUCUACGUCUCUUUCCAGAACACUCUCAAACUCGCUUUCUCAACGGUUCGCCGCAUGUCCGCGCCACGGCGAUCAACGUCGCUCAGAGACUCUUUCUCCGAUUCUGAGCGGAUGGAAGGCACAGGUAGCUGGGACGACGCUCUCGACUGGUUCAAACUCGAGGUGCAGGAUCCAGCGUCGCGCUCGGUCUCGCAUCACGCUAAUUACAAGUGCUUGCUUGAGGCAGAGGGUGUUCUUGUCGAGGAACGCGGUGUUGUUCUUAUCAAUACUGACGAGGCAGGUACCUUGAUAGUGACUAAUUUCCGUCUUAUUUUUCUGAGUGAGGGAACGGAAAAUAUUAUUGUGCUUGGCACAAUUCCGCUAGCAACAAUUGAGAAGUUCAGCAAAAUGGUUGUAAAAAAUCAAUUGGCCCCUCGUCAUUCUGAGAAGACUCCAUCACAGCAAUUUCUCCAAGUCAUUGGGAAAGAUAUGAGAAUUGUUGUUUUUGGUUUCCGGCCCAAAACAAAGCAGAGACGGGCUAUAUAUGAUGGGUUAUUGAGGUGCACAAAACCAUCAAGACUCUGGGAUCUUUAUGCUUUUAGCUGUGGACCGUUCAAAUUUACUAAUGCAAACCCAAAAGUACGCUUGUUGAAUGAGUAUUUCCGUCUUCUAGGAAAAGGCCUUUGUAGGGCAUCAAUGGAUAUGAUUGACAGUGGGUCAUUUACAAUGUCUAAUGAGCUGUGGAGAAUUUGUAAUGUAAAUUCCAACUACAUAAUGUGUCCAAGUUACCCUUUUGCCUUGAUUGUUCCAAAAUCAAUCAGUGAUGAAGAAGUGAUCCAGUCAUCCAACUUUCGUUCCAAGGGUCGUUUACCUGUAGUUUCUUGGUGUCAUCCCGAAACUGGAGCAGUCCUUGCACGUUCAUCCCAACCCUUAGUUGGUCUGAUGAUGAAUAUGAGGAGCAACACAGAUGAAAAGCUUGUUGCAGAACUUUGCUCUCAUCUUGGUGGUGAGAAAAAAAGGCGGAGGAAAUUAUACAUUGCUGAUGCAAGACCUAGAAAAAAUGUUUUAGCAAAUGUCGCAAUGGGAGGUGGCUCAGAAUCAUCAUCCAACUAUCUUCAAUCUGAGGUAGUUUUCUUUGGGAUAGACAACAUACAUUCUAUGAGAGAGAGUCUUUCUCGGCUUAGGGACUACUUAGAUGCUCAUGGCACCACUUCAUCAGAUGGAACGCUAUCACUCUUGAGACAUGGUGGUUGGAGCUGGGGUGGAGGCAAUCUCAGCAAUAUGUCUGCCUCUGUUUCAACCCUCGGUGAUAGUGGUUGGUUAAUACAUGUUCAAAGUGUCUUGGCUGGUUCAGCUUGGAUUGCUGCUCGUGUUGCUUUGGAAUCAGCAUCAGUACUUGUACAUUGCAGUGAUGGAUGGGAUAGAACGACUCAGCUGGUUGCACUUGCUAAUUUGUUGCUCGACCCAUACUAUCGGACAUUCACAGGGUUUCAAGCACUCAUUGAAAAAGACUGGCUAGCAUUUGGUCAUCCAUUUGCAGAGCGUGGGGGCAUGCCAACUGUAUCUGGAAGCAGCGAUAGACCUCCUGAUUUAUCUAGGCAAUCUUCUGUUGGGAGUUUUCCAUUGCCACCCAUGUGUCAGUCAUCGGGAUCAUUUGCGCCUCCAUCUUCUAGUCCUUCUCAUGCACAGAACCAGCAAUCGCCCAUAUUUUUGCAGUGGAUUGAUUGUGUUUCUCAAUUAUUGCGGAUGUAUCCCUUUGCUUUCGAGUUCUCCUCGGCUUUCCUGGUGGACUUAUUGGACUGUGUCCUUUCAUGUCGUUUUGGUAACUUCUUCUGCAACAGUGAGAGGGAAAGGCAGCAAGCUGGUAUCUCUGAAGCUUGUGGGUGCUUGUGGGCUUAUUUGGCUGAUCUGCGUUCUUCAGAAGGAAGGUCUCAUGUGCACUGUAACCCUUUUUACAGUCCUCUGAAACAUAAUUGUCCAUUGUUACCUCCAGCGGCAGCCUUAGCUCCAACACUGUGGCCACAAUUCCAUCUUCGGUGGGCUUGUCCUUCAGAGGCCCAAGCUGGGGAGCUUGAAGCUCAAUGUCGGAUAAUGUCUAUAAAAUUUUCCAAACUACAGAAGGCAAAAGAAGGGGCUGAGAAGAAAGCUGAAGAAACUGCAAUUGUUGUGGAGUCAUUGUCUGCAGAAUUACAGAACGAGAAGCAGGUCAGUAGCUCCGCUAUGGCCUUGGCCAAGAGGGCCAGCAAGGAAACUGCAGCCAUAAAGCGAGCCAUACAGUCAUUGGGAUGCAAAGUUCAUUAUGCUAGUAGUGGUGAUACUACUGUUGAUAUCGAGACCAGCCCUGUGAAAAUUUCACAUAAUUCUGUAUUUUCUCCUUGUACAAGAGAAUCUUUUGGUAUUGUCCAACUUGAAGAUAAGUCAGAUCUGUCAGUUUCCAUUUCAGUAGCAGGAGAUGAUGUUGUUUCCAAUAAUCCAUUUGGUCGAGUGUGCGAUACUUUAUGCCCAUUACGCACAAGAGAUGGAGGCUGCAGGUGGCCAGAUGCUGGUUGUGCUCAACUAGCUAGUCAGUUUAUUGGGGUGAAAGCAGACUAUGAGGCACUCGAUAGUCUUUCAAUAUAUGAAGGUUAUUUUAAGACGAUGGAAGGAGGUAAAUAGAGUUUAAAGCUUUGCCAGAAGAAGUUUGAGAUUUAUUUGAGCUCUCAAGCAACGCAGGCAUAGGAUUGGUGCCGAAACCUCAGAUUUUGGUACCGGGACUGUUCAUACAGAGAAUGUAGAGUUAGCACAACACACCAUUCAUUGGAAACACAAUAAGGAAAUCUUGUUCCCACACAAGAGCAUAAAAGAGCAAGCAUGAAGUGCUGCAGUGAAGGCUGAUUAAUAUCGAAGCUAGUUUUCUCUCUCAAUAAGAACAGUUUAGCUUGUUGCGCAGGUUUUAAAGAAGCUGGUCAAACAUUGUUUUUAUCAGCAAGCAUACGUGUACAUGGCAAUAUCCACAUAACGUGUGAUUUUGUUCGUAAUAAAUUAAUCACCAUGUUCUGGUGUU